UGCGCGCGCUCGUGCAGCUGCAGCAGGCGUGGGGCGCGUGGGCGGGCAACAACAACGCCACCACGGCGUGCUCUGCAUGGACUGGCGUCACCUGCAGCCCCAACGGGCUCGUCGUUGCCCUGGAUGCAAAGCUAUUCUCUGAAGUGGAUCCUCCGCCAAGUGGCGCCAUACCCGCCUCCAUCACUAGUCUUGCCACUCUGCAAUACCUCGAUCUGACCUACAUUGACCUGGUGGGGUCCAUUCCAUCCCUCGCCACUCUCACCCGCCUCACCCACCUAGCUAUUGGAGUGGCGGGCAGCAGGCUGACUGGCACAUUGGACGGACUGGCCUGGCUCUCCUCCCUCACCAACCUGCAAUCACUGAAUCUGGAGUACUUGGAGGCAUUCACAGGGGACUUGUCCUCUCUGCACAUCGUUUCUCACAUGACGAACCUUAAGCAACUGGACUUAUCCUUCCUUCGUGCCCUGGAGUUUCCCGAUUGGGUCACUCACCUCUCCAACCUUGAGUACCUGAAUGUGGGGACGGAUGAUCCGCGCCGGCAGGGGGUGGUGAUAGACGCUUUCUCCGAGCUCACAGCACUCACCAGCCUAUCCCUGAGCGGAAACAACCUGGAGGGCUACCUACCCAAGAGCUGGUCCACUCUGGUCAAUCUGCAGGAGCUAUAUUUAAGUACCAACCACCUCCGAGGAGCCAUUCCGGAAACAUUUUCGGCCCUAACGGCCCUCGUUUCAGUAGACAUUUCGUGGAAUUCUCUUUCUGAAUCUAUACCCCCAGUAUUCGGCACCAACAUCCAAACGUUAUACCUCGACCACAAUACCUUUGGUGGACCCAUUCCACCACACUUGGCACUGCCCAGCCUCGUUGAGCUUCAACUAGCCAACAAUCUGUUCACAGGAGGCAUCCCUAAUACCUUCACUAGGCUCACUGGCAUGAGAACUCUAGACAUUGGUUUCAAUCGUCUCAACUCAGGCCUUCACGUGGUGGCUCAGAUGACAUGGCUCGCAAACAUACUCCUCGAUAGCAACAACUUAUCUGGUGUGCUUCCAGCGUCCUUUAUAGCCAUCAAGAGCCUCGCAUUUCUGCUUUUAAAUAACAACCACCUCACUGGAACCUUCCCCCAUUCUAUUCUGCUCCACACAAGCCUUCUACAACUGGACCUGAGCAACAACAGUUUCACCGGUUCUAUCCCUCACGAAUUGACCAACCUUGUCAACCUGCAGAACAUUAAUCUCAAUGACAACAACUUUCGUGGAACUAUCCCAUCCAGCCUGUUUCAGCUAUCCAUGCUGUCGUCACUGCAAGUAGCUAACAACUUCCUUUCUGGGGGCCUCCCACGGACUCUCACUGCCCAGUCUUCUCUUCACACGCUCAGCCUGGCAAGAAAUGGCUUCACGGGCUCACUGCCAAACUUCUCGCGCUGGAAAGUCAGCUGUGCCCAGAUAGAUCUCAGCAACAACAACUUCACGGGGUCUAUUCCCGUCUCCAUCUCCACACUCACCACCCUCGAUUCGAUAUUUCUCAACAACAACCAACUGACAGGCACCAUUCCCUCUGCCAUGUUUACCUUGACAAAUCUGAAGUACCUCUACAUGGCCAACAACCAUCUGAGUGGCAGCCUGCCAGAUGCCAUCAGUCGACUGGAGAUGCUCGAACAGAUCUGGAUGGACAACAACAAGAUUGAGGGCCCUCUGCCAUCUGGCCUGUGCUCGCUGCCCUGGCUGUGGCGCAUCAUGGUGAGCAACAACUACCUGUACGGGCCCCUUCCGGACUGCCUCUUUGACAAAUGUAUUAACCAAAU